AUGUCCACUGAGCACCUCCUGGGGGACAUCGGGGCUAUCCUGUCCGCCCUCAAUGGCAUCGCAAACGAGCCACGGAGAGAAGCGGAACUCCACCUACAAAAGCUCACAGUAGAGCAGCCUGCAGAGGUCCUUCUACUGCUCGCCCAGAUAGGAGCUCUGGCAGUCGGCGGCUUUCAAUUAGACGAGCGCUUUCUGAGCCUCAUUCUCCUCAAGAGUUUGGCUUUCAAGCCUCUUCCAGGUCUAUACUUGAACUCUCAACAUCAGCUCCCCUCCGCACCUUUUGACGUGAUUAGAGAAACGACGCGCGGACGGAUCGAAACGGUCCUCUGCGCUGGUUUGAAAGACGAGUUGGAUCCGAGAAUCAGGAAAGGUCUGGGAAUGUGUUCUGCUAGUUGGGCAGAGGAGAGUCACAAGCGGAAGAGACCAGCUAGGCCGUUCGUCCCGGUCUGUCUUGAAUUGACACAGUCGCCAAACGCCUUUCACCGCUUCACCUCUUUUCAGUUACUUGGUUAUACCCCGACACUUGUCGAUGAUGCUGCUGAUGGGCCGCUAUCUUCGAGCCAGCUCACGGCUCUCCUACUCACAGGACUGGAGGACUCGAGUGUUGACGUCAGAUUGGAAGCUAUAAAGGCUACCAAGAGUCUGCUCAUCAGAGCUUUGACGCACGAAGCAAGAGAUGAGGUGGGCGAGGUCCUGAUACAGGCUUCGUUCCAGACGCUGCAAAACCUUCCCCAAGACCUUGUCCCUAUUGGCCUCAUCCCUCUCGUUGAACUAGCAUCCAUUCACCCCAAGCUCUUCAUCUCUUCUCUCUCCUUGAUCAUCACCAAACUUCUUCCACUCCUCUCUCCCCCAUCUCAGGGUCGCAAUCUCCCCCCGUACGCCUUCUCCCCGUAUCCGGCACACGAUAUGACUCUUGAGGCAUGGGAGGCGUUUGCAAACCCUGCUACAGAGCUCUUGCUUUCUUUAGCAGAGAUGAGACCGAAUGAAUUCGAAGAGUUUGAGAACGGGAGAGCGCUGAGUGAGAUGGUGGGACUGCUGUUGGGGAGAGAAGUGGCAACCUUUGAGAUGGACUGUCAAGAGUGGAUGGAAGAGGAAGACCUUGAUGAAGAGGACGUCAACUAUCCAGUGUUUCCCGAGGAAGCCCUUGAUAGGCUAAGUGUUGCUGCUAGCUAUACUGACGAGAGCAUGGAGAUCAUUUACUCUUCGCUUCUCAAGCAUGUCCAGGCUCUCUUGCAACAGGAAGAUUGGAGAUGUCGUUUCGCUGCUCUUAUGGGCGUUGGUUGUGUAGCAGAGGCCUUUGGCGAUGCCAUCGUCGACCGCGACAUUCUCUCGCAAGUCUUCGCUCUUCCUAAGAUUACAGACUAUGGCCGCGACACCCUCCACAUCAUCCUGCACCUCCUCGACGACCCCGUCAUGCGCGUCCGCGUCCACGCUGCUGCUAGUUUGACAACCUUUUUCGAGGGAGAGGAACAUCCCGAGAUAGUUGGAGAGGUGUUGGAUAGAAUUGUGAGGGGAUGUGUGGGAUUGUAUGAGGCAGGGCCGAUGUAUGCAAAGGACCAGGCAUUGGCAACGCUGGGGACGGUGGCCAUGGCGGCAAAGGACAUGUUCAGACCCUACUAUCGUAAUCUCAUGGAUCUCUGCUUUCAGAUCAUGUCGGCCCAGCUUGGAGCCAGCAAGGAGGAACGUGUGGUUCAAGGCGGGGCUAUCGAGUGCGGCUACAUGCUCGCCAUCGCUCUAGGUGGAACUAAUCCCGGAGACGCGCUCAAAUUCGUCCAAUUGCUGUUGUCUAUUCAAAACACCAUCGUCGACGAGGAUGAUCCACGCUCGCGUCAUCUUAUGGAUGCAUGGGAACAUAUGUGUGACUCUUUGGGCCAGCAGUUUGCACCCUUCUUGCAAUACGUCAUCCCGCCCCUCCUCAAAACGGCCUUUUAUCGACCUCAAAAGGCUUCUCCCAAUGCCGACGACGAAGACGACCCAUACUGGGGCGACGAGCUAUCUGACAAGGCCGAAGCGUUCAAGCAUCUGGGCUUCUACGCAAGCAAAAUGAGGGAGAGUUUUGCGCCGUGGCUGGCGCAAAGUAUGGGGCUGUGCUUGGAAGAGUUGAACCACCCAUAUGCGGAGAGCGUGAAGAACGUUGCGGCCUAUCUGGUACCGGCCCUGUUGGCGGUUGCGAAAGAGUCGGGUGCUUGGAACACGAACCCGGAAAAUUAUGUGCAGGCUUUCAGACAGCUCAUCAAAGCUAUGGUGAACGCUUUGGAUAUCUCUGUCAUCUCCAUCCUAUUCAAAUCCUUCAAAGACGCCCUCCGCGUGGUUCACACCCCUUUUCCUCCGGAUCUCACCCGUCGCCUACUGAAAGCCUCCACCGCUAUCGUGUACAAUCUCGCCCAAGCUAGGGCAGACAGAAAGGAACAAGAGCCGUACAUGGACGAGACGGACCACGAGUACUGGAUUGAAGAGCAGCUGGAAGAGGAUCAGUGUCUAAAGAGGAUAGAAGAGGCGGUGGAUGGGAUCGUGAUUGUGGGAGGCUCAGAGGAGGGGCAGGCGAUGGGAGCGUUGAGCGGUGGGAUUGAGAACGACAUUCUGGGGCUCAAGGCGCUGAUUCGAAAGGUGGGAGCGCAAAAGCUGGAGACGAAGGGGUAUGACGAUGAUGACGACGACAAUGAGACUCUGCGGGGUGAUCAAGGUAGCUGA